UGGUGCUCGAGCUCGUCCUGAUAAAAGCAGCAGCAGGAAGCGACGACAUAAAAAAAAAAAAACCCGAAACAAAGGUCGUCGCUAAGCUAGCGGUCGACAAACAGCCUGUAAACAUUAACAAAAGAUUUUUGAUCUGAUAUAUUUAUCUUCAUACUGUCGCCGCCUCAUUUUAUCAACUGCCGGUUGGUUGAUUUGAUCACAAAAUGCCUUCAGAAAAAACCUUCAAACAGAGAAGGUCGUUCGAACAGAGAGUAGAAGAUGUCAGACUGAUCCGAGAGCAGCACCCCAACAAGAUACCUGUGAUCAUUGAGCGCUACAAAGGAGAAAAACAGCUUCCCAUCCUGGACAAGACCAAGUUCCUGGUACCAGAUCACGUCAACAUGAGUGAACUCAUCAAGAUCAUCAGGAGGCGCCUCCAGCUGAACUCAAACCAGGCUUUCUUCCUCCUGGUGAACGGCAACAGCAUGGUUUCUGUGUCGGCGGCCAUCUCUGAGGUGUACGAACGCGAACGGGACCAAGACGGCUUCUUGUACAUGGUGUACGCUUCCCAGGAGACCUUCGGCACAGCUGCCCUCUGAGCGGCUUCCCUCCACACGACCGACGCUCCCUUUUUUCUCACUCUCUCUCCAUCCUGCAAGCACACAAAAGGUCAGGCCUGCUUCAUCUGCUACUGCUGUCAGAAGGGUUCAGGUCAUGACUAGACAGCAUCCACCUUCACUCACCCAUCAGAACACCAACCCGCUGAGACUCAGGCCAACGCGUGUCUUCUUCUUCAGAUCUUUGUUGGAAUCACACCAGCGUCAUGGCAACUAGACAUCUCCCCUUUAUGUUAAUUACACUUUUCACUAAGUUAAUUGAUGC